AUGGCUCAACCAGCAGAGGAUCUCCCCGCUCACUCCUCGCCCAUGAUCUCUCCUCUUCCACGCCCUUCUGCCGCCUACUUGAGCAACUGGUCUGAACUUCACGAUGGUUCGCCUGGUUCGCCUGGUACACCCAUGCUGCCAGACAACCUGAUCUCUCCUGCCUUUACCCCUCCGGCGACUCCAGGAGCGGGCACUCCUUCUCGUCACCUCCAUUCUGAACCCAAGUCCACCCCGGUCGACACUUCUCUCGACGAUCCCUCCACAAAACAACCUCGGCUGGUAGAGAAGAUCCCCCACGUAGAAUGUCUGGUCCGCGCUCGGAUUCCCACCACCUCUGGAACCGAGAUGUUCCUCCACUUGUACCAGAAUGACAUUGACAACAAAGAACAUUUGGCGAUUGUCUUUGGCAAUAAUCUGCGAAGUCGAAGUUUAGAUGCUGAAAGACCAGGAGAAACCGAAAUGGAUCGCAUGAUCAGAGGUGCAUAUACUGGCAGGUUAAGGCCAGGUCGGACAAGUUCCAGAAUUGACCCGGACCAGAACAAACGACCCUUAGGUCGAGCCCGCCAGCGGAGUGGUUCGGCUCUUAAAAACGUCACUACCGUUCCUGAGGACUCGGUCGUGGAGUCUGCAUCAAGUCAGCCUGUGCAGCCAGUGAGCAACGCUCAAGAUGAACAAGUUCCGGGACAUGUCAAAGAACCUGCGGCUGGAAUUGAAACCCUCCUUGGCAGCGUCCAUUUGACCACAGGAGCCCCAAAGCCCCCGCUUGUGCGGAUACAUUCAGAAUGUUACACUGGCGAGACAGCUUGGUCAGCCCGUUGCGACUGCGGUGAGCAGCUCGACGAGGCUGCACGCUUAAUGUCACUUCCAACCUCAACCGGCGGUGUUAUCGUUUACUUACGUCAAGAAGGCCGAGGAAUUGGGUUGGCAUCCAAAUUAAAGGCUUACAACCUGCAAGAUCUAGGCAAUGAUACAGUGGAGGCAAACCUUCUCCUUAGGCACCCUGCUGAUGCAAGGAGUUAUGGUCUUGCAACUGCAAUCCUGCAGGAUCUGGGACUGGGAACCGAUACCGAUGCGGAUAAACAGGCCUCCGAACGAGGCAUUCGACUCCUGACGAAUAAUCCUGACAAGGUGAGAGCUGUAGAAGGCCCGAAUAAGGAGGUUCGUGUCCGAGAGAGAGUUGCGAUGGUUCCAAUUGCCUGGAGGACUGGAGGAGUCAAAGGCAUCAGGGGCGCCGAAAUCGAAAAAUAUCUCGAAACCAAAAUCGGGCGAAUGGGCCACAUGAUCCAGGAGGAGUGA